CGCGUACGGAGAGUGCCGCAAACUGCUUGACCAACGUGGCUCAGCCCUACUAAUGCUCCGCGUACAAUCUGAAAAUCUGCAAAUGCCAUCCCUCAGAGGCUCAGUUUGCCUAGCGCCAGGGGCCUCUUCGUGUCAAGGCUGAUUUGCAUCACAACAACACUCGUAUGCAAACGCAAAGGGGUAAAGGGGGAGACUUUAGAGAUGAACGUAAGGACUUACUUAUAUCGAGGUCUUUGGACCGAUUGGGAAUGAUGGUAGAAGUCAAUCAACAAGCUAUCACACCACCCGCCCACAAUCUUUACACGAACAUACGGAACACGGUCUUUAUCGCCUAGAGAUUUAAGCAUUCGAAUAACUGAAGCUAAACUGUUCGGCCCGCCCAAACUCAAUUCAAAGCCAAAGUUGCUACCUAAUUGCGCCAAGGGGGCAUUCAGUUCGUCACGAUGGCGGACAACAGCACCACCACCGAAACUGCUUCCACCGGCUUCGUUUUCUACCACUAUGAGCCGUCUAUAGUAGCGGCAACUGUCUUUAUUAUUGUGUUUGGAGUUUCCGGUAUGCUGCACAUCUGGCAAUUAUGUCGACGCAAGACGUGGUAUUUCAUUCCCUUCGUGAUUGGGUGCAUAUUCGAAGCAGUUGGUUACGUUGGCCGAGCCAUGUCCGCAUCAGAAGCACCCGAUUAUACCAAGAACCCCUACAUCAUCCAGUCGAUUCUCCUCCUCCUCGGCCCUGCACUAUUCGCCGCGUCGAUUUACAUGGUUCUCGGUCGUCUAAUUAACCUUCUCGAUGCCGGGGAAUACUCCUUGAUUAGACCCAAGUGGUUGACCAAGGUCUUUGUGCUAGGAGAUGUGCUGUCUUUCUUCGCACAGAGUGGGGGUGGUGGCAUGUUGGCAACAGCCAAGAACAGCGAUAAUGUCAAGCUGGGCGAGAACAUCAUUGUCGGUGGUCUCGGGAUCCAGAUCCUCUUUUUUGGUUUCUUCAUCGUCGUCACACUCGUCUUCCAUAUUCGUCUCUCUCGCAACCCUACAUCCAAGUCUCAUACGGUUCAGACACCGUGGAAGGGUCUUCUCUACGUUCUUUACGCCACCAGUUUCUUCAUCAUGGUCCGAUCGCUUUUCCGUGUUGCCGAAUACAUAGGAGGCAAGGACAGCGAGCUCCAGGCCAAGGAGAUGUACAUCUACAUCUUUGAUGCGACACUGAUGGGCAUCACGUCUAUGGCCUUCAAUUGGUUCCACCCAAGUCGUGUUAUCAACGCCCAGGCUACCGGCUUGAAGCAAGUCUCUAGCUCAGAGGUGCUCAACGAAGGAUACCUGAUGGAGAGCGGACAAUACCCGAAACCGCAACAACAGCAAUACCAGGACCCACGCUACGAGCCUUACCAAGGAGCAGCUGGUCAGCAGGGGUUUCGUAGGUGA